AUGGCUCCAUCUGACGGGGAACCGAAGACGCAUCUGCAACUGCUGGCCGAUCGGGUGAUCAGUGAGUCGCUGGAGAGCACGAGGCGGUCAGUGGCGAUGUGCGAGGAGAGCUGGGACGCGGGGGCCAAGACACAGGUCGCGCUGCAAAGGCAGGCGGACCAACUGGACGAAGUGGAACAAUCGAUGAUGCAGAUCCGCGUGGAGGUGAGGGAGGCGAGCGGGAACCUGGCUAAGAUGCGGCGGUGCUGCUGCCUCUGCACACUGCCGUGUCGGGAGGCAUCGCGGUUCGAGGAGGUCGCGGUGUGGAGUAGGGGCGGGAACGGGAAGGUGGUCGGGCGACAGCCAAAGAGGCUCCCGCCACCCGAAGUCGCCUCCGGCUACAUCCCCAGGCUUACGGACGACCCAAGGGAGGACGAGAUGGAGGCAAAUGUGCAACGGAUCUCUCAGAUCAUCGGGAAUAUGCGCGCCAUGGCCAUCGACAUAGGCUACGAGGUCGAGGCCCAGAAAGCGCAGGUGGCCGUCAUCGCCGACAUGGCCACGUCCAAUCAAUGUUGCAUUAAGGAUGUAACUCAUCAGACCGGCAAGAUCCUGAAAUCGCAAUAG